CUGCUGCACAUUUUACUCUCCUGCUCUCUCCCUCUCUCUCUCUCUCUCUCUCUCUCUCUCUCACCUCGCCUUUUCCUGAUUGCCCACCUUCUUUCUCUCUCUAAGGUGCUCUGCAACUUCAUCAAUCAUGUAUCGCUUCGCCACUAACCUUGCCUCCAAAGCCAGGUUGGCUAGGAACAGUUCUCAACAGAUUGGCAGUAAAUUGAUUUCGAGAAGGAACUAUGCAGCGAAAGAAAUCAGAUUCGGUGUUGAAGCCCGGGCCGGGAUGCUUAGGGGUGUGGAAGAGCUCGCUGAUGCUGUCAAAGUCACAAUGGGGCCGAAAGGGCGCAAUGUUGUUCUGGAACAAAGCUUUGGUGCCCCUAAAGUGACAAAGGAUGGUGUCACUGUAGCAAAGAGUAUUGAGUUCAAAGAUAAAGUGAAGAACAUUGGUGCUAGUCUUGUAAAGCAGGUCGCCAAUGCUACAAACGAUGCAGCAGGAGAUGGUACCACUUGUGCUACAGUCCUUACUCGUGCUAUAUUUACUGAAGGAUGCAAGUCAGUGGCGGCUGGAAUGAAUGCUAUGGACCUAAGACGAGGCAUUUCAAUGGCAGUUGAUUCUGUUGUUGCAAACUUGAAGAGUAGAGCUAGGAUGAUCAGCACAUCUGAAGAAAUAGCUCAGGUUGGUACAAUAUCAGCAAACGGAGAGAGAGAAAUUGGUGAGCUCAUAGCUAAAGCUAUGGAGAAAGUUGGCAAAGAGGGUGUUAUUACCAUUUCUGAUGGAAAAACACUGUAUAAUGAAUUGGAGGUCGUUGAAGGAAUGAAGCUGGAUAGGGGCUACAUAUCCCCCUACUUCAUCACCAAUCCAAAGAACCAAAAAUGUGAAUUAGAAGAUCCACUCGUCCUAAUCCAUGAGAAGAAACUCUCAAAUUUAAAUUCUAUAGUUAAAAUAUUAGAGCUGGCCUUGCAGAAACAAAGACCUCUUGUAAUUGUUGCUGAAGAUGUGGAAAGUGAAGCACUUGCAACGCUCAUUAUAAACAAGCUUCGUGCUGGAAUUAAGGUUUGUGCAAUUAAAGCCCCUGGAUUUGGAGAAAACAGGAAGGCAAAUUUGCAGGACCUAGCUGUUCUUACGGGAGCCCAGGUAAUAACUGAGGAGCUUGGUCUGAACAUCGAAAAAGUGGGAAUAGAAACACUGGGAACAUGCAAAAGGAUUACGGUAUCAAAAGAUGACACAGUCAUUCUUGAUGGGGCUGGUGACAAGAAAGCCAUUGAAGAAAGAUGUGAACAGCUGAGAUCAUCAAUUGAAUUGAGCACUUCUGAUUAUGACAAAGAGAAGUUACAAGAGCGCCUUGCAAAGCUUUCUGGUGGUGUUGCCGUCUUAAAGAUUGGUGGAGCUAGCGAAGCGGAAGUUAGUGAAAAGAAGGAUAGAGUAACUGAUGCUCUAAACGCUACCAAGGCUGCUGUAGAGGAAGGAAUUGUAGCCGGUGGUGGUGCCGCCCUUCUAUAUGCCGCCCUUCUAUAUGCCUCAAAAGAGCUGGACAAGCUGGUGACUGCGAACUUUGAUCAAAAGAUCGGUGUUCAAAUAAUUCAGAAUGCUCUAAAGAUGCCUGUAUCCACAAUCGCUUCUAAUGCUGGAGUCGAGGGGGCUGUUGUCGUUGGCAAACUACUAGAGCAGGACAAUCCUGACCUUGGAUACGAUGCAGCUAAAGGUGAAUAUGUUGACAUGAUAAAGGCAGGGAUCAUCGACCCAUUGAAAGUCAUUAGAACCGCCUUGGUGGAUGCUGCAAGUGUUUCCUCGUUGAUGACCACUACCGAGGCAGUUGUGGUCGAGCUUCCGAAGGACGAGAAGGAAACCCCUGCAAUGGGAGGAGGCAUGGGAGGCAUGGGAGGCAUGGAUUACUAGAUGUUGUAUCGGCAUGCUGAAUUUACUGGAGGCUGUCUUCUUCGGCUCUAACCUUCCUCGUGUCGUUUAUCCUAAUUUGAAACUGAGUUCUCCAAUUUCACAAUUUUAUAGCUUUUUCCUUUUGAAUGGUAUUGGAGGCUGAACAUGAAUGUAAUCAUAGUGAGGGAUUGACUGUGCAGUAGCAUUUUACACCGUUUGUAGUCUCUGGUGGGUAUUUAUUUCUCAUUUGACAAAGGAUUUUAUUUUCAUCUGCAACUUUGUUAGUGUUAAUUGUGAGAGAAAAAAAUUUGAUAAUAAAAGUACGUAUGAAUGUGUGGUUAGUGUCGUA